AUGCUGUCAGAAGACUCUGACGCAGGCGCUCUGUCUUCCGUGGCCAACGCCGACCCCAACCUCCUGAUGGCAGUGGUGUGUACACAACGUACCCGACGUACAAACAUUACUCACAGCCUAUGUCCCUCCUCUCCCUCGCCCCCUUGACCCAAUGACCACUACACGCCGACAACGCCAUAGCACGCCUCGUCAUGCGAGUGACGUGGGAACGAUAAUGUGUGAAUAGCCCCCUGAAUCACUUAUAAGCCCUGUUACUUCGCAUAAUUUCAACUUCUGUGUAAUCGUCUUUGCCUGAUGAAGAGUUACCAAAAACAUGUGUUUGCCAAAUUGACUUUUCAAUUGUAACAUGGGAAUAUUCGCCGAACUUAUUAAAUUUCAGUCGAAUUCUUUUUCAGUUACUUCCCAAUACGGGUACUAGUGUACGCGUAUUUUUCUUUUACUGUGCCAUUGGUUGAGUUUAGAUACAGUUAUCAAUUUCAAGCCAAUAAUAAUGAGUUCUCCUUCGAGUUUACCACCACCGCAAAUUAUUUCUCGAAAGAUGUUUACCGCUAGAGAUCCUAGGGUUGUAAUAAAAGUAGUCUAAACUUCUACAAAUUCUGUAAAAAUGACCAAAAAAAGUCAUAUUCAAAGCCCGUUUUGGCCCUCUGUUUACCCACGCCUUCGCAUCGAAUAAUGAGUCCUAUUAAACAUGCAAAAGUGUCGGUUGCUUAGUCUGUCUCGAUAUAGCUUCCUUUCGUUCAGUAAGGGUAGGGUAUAUAAACUCUCUGUGUGGCUUGUGUGUUUCCUAACGGUUUGCCGGGUAGUAGGUCGCGAAAAAGGUUCUUCAGGAAGCUGAUUUUGAACUCCAAUAGCCUAAUCGAUAUUAAAGUUGCCCAUUUUGGGUCCAGGCUUAGGCUUAAAAGAACAAUUACAUUUAAUUCUAUUUGGGUUCCUAAUCGGAAUUGCGUUUCCAGGCUUGGGCUGUGGCUGCAAUACCAGGUGGAGGCUAGGGUUCGGGUUUUAAGGCUUGGCUUAUGGCUACUGUUACGUUCGACUUUUCCUUAACUGCCUACAGGUUAGAGCUUUACCACUGAAGGCAUGAACGUGAUGCAAAAUUCCUGAUCACGGAAGCACCAUCUGGAAUGCUAAUUAGAUAAGCCGAAACAAAAUAAUUCCAUCAAACUUGCAAGAGACGUUGUCGGAUUGUGGUGCGCGACAAGGUCGCUGCGAUACGCGUUGGAUUUCGAUCCAGAGACCGUGAAGGCAGCCAUGAAGCGACCAGUCACGAUGCAAGAAUGAGCACUGGCAGAGUCGAGGUCUCGUUUGCCAUAUACGCGAAACCCGAUCCUCUAGUUAUUAAGCGUUAAGUAGUUCGGCACUCCACGAUGGGGUCACGAGUCCGCUGUCGCGUUGGCUUCGAUCGGAAGUAUUGACUAUCGUAGGAAAGGACUUUCAGCAGUCAGGUUAGGAGACGUGCACUGUGCCAGAAAACUGCCCUUUCGGCACCAGUAAUGAUACCACUCAUGAAAUUCAUCGUUCAUCUGCAUUGCCAUUAUUUGCACAAAUUUCAUAGCUUUUGCAAAAUAACUUACUUGACCCAAAUUUGAUUAAACUCGCGUCGCGUGGCGGGGCCUCGUAGCUUAAGUGGUUAGGGCGUUGGCUGUACUAAAGCCUUCCCCUUACUGCGUGGGUCCGAAUCCCACCGAGGCGUCGAGUUUUUCACAGUUGAGCCAAUAUGAAUUUAAUUGCUCUUCACACAGGCAGCCUCUAAGGGUGGAUUGAUUGGAAGCGAACGAGGCUGCCAGAUAUCAAGCUACGGCAUGAUUGACUAUUCUGCUGGAUUUGAAAGGCGAUUCUCCGUACGGUCAGGACUAAUCGCCAACAAAGGACUUUAUUGGCCAAUCCGAAUUUUGUUUACUGACGUAGCAUCCUGCACCGCUACGCCCGUAUGGCCUCUCACGGGACUUUCGUUUGAUAAUCGUCACAGUUUUUUUAUGGAGAACGAAAUUUCGAGGAAAACCUCUCUCCUUUAUUUCUUUCUGCAUUUUACGCAGAAUAUCGGAAGGGGGACGCAGCCGUCGGAUAAAAGCCGUUGUCUGUAUCAAGCUUACUGAAAUAACAUGCUGGGUUUUCGGCACAUGUUGAGAAGACGAUAUGUUUAACGUUACAAAUUAGUGCUUUCCUUAUGCUACCAAAAUUUAAGGUGUCCUUAAGGUUGGGUAAGUCAUCAGUGUCAUGGUAUCUAGAAACAAUCUCCUUUUACAGUUCAGUUUCAUCUAAAACAGGAUCUUUACGCUGAAUAUAUUACCUGCAUGAUUCCGUCAGAGGAAACCGAAUGCACGGACUUCCGUAUGUCAAUGACGUUUCGGAAACCGUCGGCCGUGGAAUCGAAAGAACCACUGUCAUGGCAAAGAAAGUCUGAAGUCGUUUAUCGUAUGUAUUGCAGUUGCGGACAAAGCAACCACGUCGAUAAAACGGGAGGAAUGCUCCGAACACGGGUGGCCGAACAUGCGGCAACAGUGAGGAGAAAUGACGCCAAUUCUCAAGUUGCAGUCCAUUAAACGAGAAGGGGCCACGCAUUCAAAUUCAACGAGGCCGAAAUUCUCACUAGAGGCGACAACCGCGUGAACCGUGAGCUGUUUAAGUCAUGGUUCCAGUCUUUUAACAGGCGCAACGACCUUCCCAUUCCGUACUUGGUGCUGAGACUUCGCCUAGGCGGAGUAAUUAGCCACACGGGGAGCACGCAGGCGAACACUUUUCCCAACAUCGGGGUCGUCGGGUCAGAUGGUCGAACAAUCAUCACACCAACAUCCAACACACGUGGUGAAAUUGCAGCGAUUAACGAAGCGAAUGUCGGCCAUCAAACAGUCAUCAUACCAACUGCAGCGAUCAUCGGUAAAGAGGGGAGAGAACCGUGACUUUUCAUAGAGAUGCGGUAAUUUGGCGACAGCAUUCUAUAAAUACUGCAGCCCCUUGUGCAUAAACCGCCUGUAUCUGCUACUGUCUUUGAUGAUGGUUUUGUGCAGGAAUCCGAAACGUCUCUGUUCCAAUGAUCGUGAUUCCUUUGUCUUCCACUUUCCUUGACAUAGUUGGCUUGCCCACGACUGUACCAGAUCCUUUAAACGACCCCAGGUGUUUGAUGCCGAGGGAGUGGGUCGUUAGGCUGAAAGACUUGGCACCGCGUGAUCGCCUACCGUCCGUGUGCAACCGAAAAUCCAAGGACGAAGAAAUGCCGGCUAAAGGCUUCCUAGAUGUUUUUCACGUACGGAACAGCUCGCCAAAAUUUCCGCAACUUUUAUGCGACGCAUUCAGAAACUGCCACUUCUUCUAGGCAUGCAGAGGCAUAUAAAUACUGCAACACCUCUGCUACUCCCUACUCCUACCUGAUUCGGUUGCUGAUGAUGUGUUCAUGUCAGUCUCCAAAGCACUAAGCCCAUGAAAUCCUUAUUCCGACCAUCGUGUCUUUUUCAUCGCGAAAUUUCAUAUGUAUAGCUUUACAGACAAACUUCCGAACUAGUUCGCAUGGGCGCAUGCAAAUCGUGUGGAAAAAAAGAACGGCCGGUUUACUCAGUGUCUGCUCUGACUGUUCAAGGGCGCAUGAAUGGAAAGUCCACGAAGAUUCUGGUCAGCAUGGAUGAGAACUAACAGAUGCGGGGGAGAGAGGCAAAGUAGGAGAACCCCUUGGUAACAUUUGACACAUAAAUAAUUGCCUUUCGGCGAAAGGACUGCAUUUCGUUGACCCGAAGUGCAGAGGCGCGUUCCAAGUGGGUUUGCCGGUAUAUUUGUUCAUUUGACCUCCAGUGCAUUCUGUGGCAUACAAGAAUACCCCCUGCAUACGAUAUUCGCCACCCAACUGUUUUGGCAACAUGAGCCACGUUGUAGUACGUUUAUCCCGAGAGCAUUCUUUGAAAUCUCCAAGAAGAAACAGGACUGAGUCAUUCCAGGUUGGUGAAUUCUGUUGCACCAAAAUGGCCAUCCGGGAUACUGUGAUUACAUCGCAGCUCACCCUGAAAAUAAUAUGAAAUUGAGAUGGGAAAUUUCCCAGGACAGUAUUCAGAAAACUAGUCGGCGAGCGUACUUUUGGUUUCGAUACAUUUUUCGUCAAUACGCGCUCUUCCGUUCUCACCCCGCCUGUGUUUUAAAACGAAUCUUGAUCGAUUUCUCUGAUCACUGACAUGUUCAUGUAUUCGAUUGACGACAAAAUUUAUCAUGUCAGUGACUAGAGAAAUCGAUCAAUGUUUGGUUUAAAACACAGGCGGGUGAAAGCGGAAGAGCGUGGAGAGUUGCAUAUAAUUAGAUGACCCUUGGCCAUGGUAAGCGCGAAGCCUGAACAAGGUUCGCCUUGCGCGAACAAAGUCAACUUUCUUAACCUGAUUGCGGCCACAUCUGCUGUUAACAGACGCUGGCCAGUAGCUUAGAAUAGCUCAAGAGGACCUUAUAAAUCACAGGAAAUCUUCGAUGGGGCUCGUGCGAUAUCCGGAAUCGACAUGUGCGAGAAUGACGUUGCUUAUGCCUCUAAUAUCGCCUUCCGCUAGCCAUACUGGAAAGUAUUUACGUACCAUCUUAGAAAGGUGUCAACUCGUGCGACUAAAUAUUUCUGCUCCAAAAGAGCAAGCGAAGGCGUAGAUGCAAACUGAGGUGCUCCGAGAACUGGAUGAGUAGAGAAUAGCAUUCGAAGCCUUGUUUUCGGGUGGGUUCGUGAGAGAGCGCGAUCAAGGCGUCUUUGUAAGAGUUCACUCGCAGUGUCCCCUUCAAAAUGGACUAUGAGGAACAGAGUUUUCUUUUGGGCAGUCCGUGCGGUCGACUCUUCCAGUUUUUCUGCAAUAUUCUUUGUAAAAAACCUGUCCGAAUGCCCGUUUUCAUCAAAAAAAGUCCCCGAUCUCUCUAUGCUCCUCCUCGAUGAUGCCUGCAGAGCACAUGUUUCUAACUCUUCACGCCAAACACCGAACCAUAGGGCUAUGAAACUGGCGAAGUUCAUAUAUUGUGCAGACCAGGUUUUCUUUCGAUAGACGCUCCUUUGAACGAUACCGACGGGUCUCCUGUCUAGAAGAACAUCUAAGAAAGGGAAUGAACCAGCCUGUACUUAGCGAGGAUAUUUCACAAUGGCAUUCAAAUGUGAGAACGAAAUGAAAAAGAAACAAGGAAAGUAAAAACCUCGGGAUAAGUAGUUUUUAAUUUUCUCCUUUCGUUUCUUUUUUUGUUAACGAUCCGCGGGCUGCUUUUGCCGGAUCCACAGUUUUUUUAAGCCUUCAAAAAGCAUGUCAACAGUUGCCCUGAAUAUCUGUUUCUAAGAUAUUGAGUGUUUAUCGACGCGGGUAAUGGGAGUUAGAAUUGGUUGAACAACUUCGACAUAACUGCUCAAAUGGACUUUUGCUUAUUGGCUUGACGCCAAAAAUGCAGUUCCUGGUGGUCACAGGAGUAGCGUGUAGCCACUUUUAGCCGGACGGAUAAGCCGAAUCGUGGAAGAAGACGCUGUACCUUUUCCAGGAUGCUCUGCGUCCUACUCCCUGGGUGUACUCUGCGCAAACAUCUACGACGGAGACCAAUAAGAGGGUUAUUUAUCGACUCAGCCUGACAGACAGCGGGAAUAAGGCCGUUCUGCUACUCUACGUACAGUGCGUGUGCUAACUCAUGAAAUUUUUACCGGAAUUCGGAAGCGCGGUUUCGUUUCAGGAAGAGUACUUAAGAAGGGUUGUAAAACUAAUCACCAUGCAGCAUAAUUCCAUAAAAACUUACUUAUCUCACGAUGCCGGCUUUCGAACGAACCUCUUUCCGGCUGCAUGCAAAGAUCACACUCUGUAAAAAUAACAGCUUAAGAAGCAUGAAUUUUUCUCGCUGAUUUUAGUUGACCCCAUAAAUUUGAAUAUUUCUCGGGUGGAAAACAUGCAUAAAUAUAUUCAUUCUUCUACUCAUUUGGUAGAAGAUUACGACUUCCAAUUUUAUGCUCAAAGGAAAGGUUUUAAAAAACUUUCCAAUUCGCGAAUAAUUCUGAACACAACUUGCCAUAACACUUGCAUUCAGCGUUCCCAAACUACAUGCCGUAUAUUUUACUCGUACGGAAAACCAUUUAUUUUCCUACGCUAUUAAGAGGAAACUACAUGGGGUUCAUAAAAAUUAGCAGUGGAUUUGAGCCAUAUUGCAAACUUUACAGUCAACAUUACUAAAUACAGAGACACGAUGUUUUAUGAACUGGCAUUUCACGGUGUUAAAAAGCCCACAAUUAGAAAGUCUUUAAAACUGAAUUAUACCUUUCCUUUAAGUAUCAAAUUGGAAACCUUAUUUUCUACUGAAUGGGUAGAAGUAUGAAUAUGUGUAUGCAUGUUUCCAUUGAAUAUAUAUGAAUUUAUAAGGACAUCGAAAACCAAUGAGAAAAAUUUUUGCCACUUAUGCAGUUAUUUUUCAUGAAGUUCGGCUAUCGCAGGGUGCCGUAAAGAAGUGCAUUCGAAAGCCGGCAUCCUGUGGUAACUGAAUUAUUGUGGAAUUAUGCUGCAUGAUGAUUAAUUUUACAACAAUACUUAAGUAAUCUUUCCGAAACGAAAGCGCAUUGCAGAAUUUCAAAUAACAUUUCAUGAGCUAACACACCUACUGUAUGUGCGGUCGAGAGCCGUUGUACGCGGCGAGCAACACAAGGGUGACUUGAAUGACCAUAUACGAUUUAUUGGCUCGUAUCAACUAGCCAUGCCUUAUCAGGCAAGCACGAGUUACUAAACCCAGUUGGUUAAUGAUCUGGGAUGCGAACCUCGGGAAUGUACGGUCCGAGUUUAUGCCUCUCUCUCUCGACUGUGUAUUUUACAGUUGCUUCUUCAGUAUUCAUACGAAACAAUUUAUUUGUACAUUUAAAACCAAUGGUUUUCGUCAGGACGCGUGAUAUUAUGUAUUAAUCACGUAGCUCUUCUGAAGAAUGAGUUCUAGGCCGUUUUUUCAAUGUUCCCGCAUUUCACCUGCUGUUCAUUAGACGACAAAUCACUCCGCGCGGUUUGCUAGGAUUGCGGGAAACGCCAAUAUUGCUUUCACUUUCGAGGUUUAAAUCAAACGGGCGGUACCGCCAUAAUAUGAACUGACAAUCGAGGUGGGAAAGAUGAUGGUUGGUGUGUGGUCACACCCGUCCCGAGAAUGCUGGCAGCGGGCGGCGGUGGAAUUCCAGUGGUCAAUUAUGAUUGGUCCAGAUGUUUUGACUGCUCCGAUUGGUCAUGCUUAAGUCCAGGCGACUUAGGUUGAGAGGAUUUGCAGACACUUGUACGCAUUAUUUAAGUCGAACUGUGCGCGGGUUGCGCAUCUCCUGGAGAGCUUCCGAUCUUCGCUUUCGGUAUGUUUCUGAGUUAAGUCGAUUUCAUGGGGUUGUCUUUUUUCUGUAUGUCUCUUAGCCUGAUUGCAUCUUGUGAGGGUUAGUAUUCUAACAUUACGAGAGUUAUACCUCAACCCAGCUUCCGUCGUUCACCCUUGCAGCCGUGAAGAGAUAAACUGCAAGUUUUGAUAAUGAACACAACCUGGCGUUGGGUAGAUGCCCCGAAUCUUUUGCUCCCGUCGAACGCUCUGUUUUUCGGAGUAGGGAACGGUAGACUGCAAAAUGAAUGAUGACAGUAGUUUCCAUUUGAGUAGCUACCAAAUGAAGCAUCCGCCCAGCACCAGCGUAAUAAUAAAUUGCUGAGUCCGUUUAUUUGAGCCUGUUUAUCUUCCAACGUAUUUAGACCCUAGAUCACAGCGAGUGAGAGGUGAAACCACCGGGCUGUGACGAAUUAGGAAAUGAUUUUUUAUCAGAAACCCAAAGGGUUGACUUGUAAAGUGUUUCCUAGGAGAUUGUGUUGUGCAGUUUUUAGUUGUUUAGCGGUUAUCAUGUGUCUUGCCUGGACAUGUUAUUCACCGUCGUUUUGUGUAAUGUACGUGUGAUCAAAUCACGUCAGAUCUGGGCAAACUGUCCAUUCCUUACCGUGACACUAUGUUUAACCACAACGCGUUUUUCAUGUAAAGCGUACAUCCUAAAUGUGUUUGCCAUAUACCUCCGCCACAUGUUUGAGAAAAACUAUUACGUGCUGGAACUGGAAGUUGAAACAGUCUGUGAUUCCCCAAGGCCAGACCCACUCAGUCCGAUGCCUGGAAGUGCUUAUAUUUUGCUUUGUGCUGCGAUCGAAUCCUAGCGAGUAAGACCGACUUGAAGUGUUUUAAUGUCUAGUCCGGCCGUAAGUACAAUCACAACCGCAGCCCUGGCCGUAAGUGUAACUUUGACGCUCAGUUUAGACAAAGUAUGCGUAUGUUUUGGGCGUAUGAACCAGUCCUGCCUUCCUCUCCAGUAGAAUGUGUCAAUUGAAGUUGACUAUCGGUGCCUCGGCCGUGUUCGGAUAGCCUAAAAUUCUUACGCCUGACAUCUGUGCUUGACAUCAGCAAUGGCAUCAUUGCCCAUUUCUAGCCUGAAAAAAAACGAUCACAAAAGCACCUCAUAGGCCUAUCUUUUGUUGUCCUCGGUAGGCCACAAUUCGCAGCUUCCGCAAUGUUAUUACCCGUUCUAGUCAGCAGACAGACGGCUAACGCGUUUGGGGAUUUAAUUUCCCACUGCCCCGGCCUGAGCCAUUAAAGCUCACUUCGCGCAGCCCAGUCCUCCUGCACCCCUCAUUGGUCGAGAGAAUGCGAGUGAAAGUCAGUAGGUCUCCGACGCGCAUCGCGACCGCUGAUGCUGGAGGCGCGAGCGCGUCGUAGCAUGAAUCAUCCGGCAGCCACAGUCCGCGCUCGGACUGUUGUUCGUGCGCCCGCGCGCGCGCGCGUGAAUCCGAGGCCGCCGACAGAGCUGGUCGCUGCGUCCCCUGGGUUUGGGAGCACGCGGAGGGUGCGGGGGGGGAGAGGUGGAAGCUGACGGAGGUUGGUGUCCUUCUCAUCACAAUUCCCGGCCUUUAGAAGGCCUGUCCUUUCUCCGCGUAGUUUCGCAGUGGAAACGGAUGGCGAACGAAGGCGAAACGGCAACAACUAAUUGCUUGCAUUGCUUCCGCGAUUCCAGACUGCAGUUUCCUCGUCUAAUGUGGCACCACAUGCAGUAGUUGUUCUACCACUUAGAACAGAUGAUCCUCAGUGCUCAAGAAUGACUCAGAAGUAUGCAUUCGGGCAUACUGAGCAAGAGCGCGAAAUACUAGGAGCCCUAGAGGAACCCGACGCCGGCCUCUCCAUUCGUUGCAUUUACGAAUUCGCUGGACCCAACGAAAGAUCGUUUUUUUUUCGAUGUCCGGCAGCGAGACCUAUACUGAACUCUGAUCUCCAUCUGCCUGUGUGGGUGAUAUGUGUGUCCGUCGCCCUCUCUGAGCGCACUGCUGUGUCGUAGCAUUAGACCAUAAAAUGUUGUCACAUUGGCCUGGGCUGUAUGUGAGCCCUUAACCUCCGCUGUAGUCGAUCCGGCUUCGAUUCAUAAGCACCAUAAGCAAUCAGACGCGUCUUUACAUUAUCACAACACACUGGUAGUCGUGGUUUGGAGGGUUCGCAGCUGAAAGUGAAACUCAACCUUACUCAGGAACGAGGGUAACAUGCAGUGGCUUCUCAGUAUGAUCUGUAUGACGCCCACUUAUGUGAGACCAACAAUUUCCCCCCUUCCUUUGAAACCCAGUUUGUAUGCACGUGAAGGCAGGUUUUUCAGCUUUGUGAAUCAAUGCGCCGACAACAGUCUUCAUUUAUUUCGAUGGUAAGAUCUGAUUUCGUGGCCCCACCUGUUGAGGGUUAGGGUUAGGUUCUAUGGUUAGAGGUUGGGGUUAACGUUAGGGCUAGGGGUUAGUGUUUACCCCCCUAUUACCACCGGUCUCGCAUGACAGGCGGAUGGGACUUUUCUACGAAACAAGAUCCAGCCGUUUUGACUAAAGCCGGACAUCGUAACAUGGCUGAUAUGGCAACGUGAGACCUGGUAGAUGCGAUGAAAGUCUGCUUCACUAUAGACAAAAUUGGGCGGAAGUUAGCAUCAUGCCUGGCUCGUGGUCCAACGGCGGUUUCGGCGCCUCAGAUCGGCGAACUAUCCGCCGAUGCGCUGCAGCAGUCACGCGCAAACGCGCAGUUUUGUUUACGAUUUGCAGGUGGUGCACAAGCAGUGACGUCGGUGCGAGGGUACAUCGCAACGAUUUAUCGUGGCCUGAGCCUUAAAUAUUAACAAUUACAGUUUCCAAACUGUAAAUCACCAGCGGCUUCAAUUGCAUCCAUCGAUAACACCUUAAUAUAAACCUGGGUGUCACUCGGUCAUGCUUCUGGUUUGUCAGGGUAUUUCAUUUACAUGUUUAGGCCUGCAGUUCGGGCUGUAACCAACGUGAAAGUUUGUUUUUCAAGGAAAACUUCACUGUUUAUGAAGGAAUAGAAACUUUGAAGAAAGUGUAUUUUUAAAACUCAUGCUGUUAUCUUGCUAUCGCCAUUUUUUUAUUUUACUUCGACAUAGCUUAAUUAAACCAGCGAGAACCUUAAUCACACACGUCCAUAUCAGACUGUAGAUUUAGUGGGCACAAUUUCAUUGAUGACCAAAUCACAUACGGAGUUGAGAGUCUCCAACUUUUCGCUCUUCUCGGUGUUUUGACUCCGCGCUUGUGUAAAUUGUAAUUUUUGCCAAAUUGCUUUUUUGGGAAGCAUGGUAAAUAAUCAAGCAUGAAAAGAGCAUUUCAUCCCAAUCAGAACAGUUUGCUACGAUGAACCACAUCAUUCAUCUCGCGAGCGAUCAUUCUAGGAGUGGUAGGGGCCACUAACAAGCAAUAACUGGAAGUUGAGCUACAGAGGCAAUGAAGACUGCAACGGCAGCCGUUUCAGGCUUAGUCAAGCCGUAGUCAGUCGGCCGUCCAUGAUCGCUUGACGGCCUUGCAGGUUUAUUGUCUGUUCGCAUUGCCUUCUAACCCAAAACGGAGUUGCGCGACUUCAGUCGUCUCAAUGCACGCCUACCAGUGUUCUGUACUGAUAACCAGUGUUUAUGCUUCAGAAAUGGGUCAAAUCAACUUCGCUUUACAACCGACAAAGGUCAGACUCAAAACACUGAAUUACAAGCUGUUAGCUCGACCUCAAAUCUAUGAUCGGUCGAAUCUUAUUUCGUAGCCGUAUCUGCAGUAGGCAUGUCCCAGCCUAACCCCAACCCCCUUACCUUAACUCCUAACCUUUACCCCUAGCACGUACGGCUACGAAAUAGGAUCUGGCCCCAGGCCCUCGGGGGCCUGGAAUUUGAGUGUGGCCUAGUGGAGUAACAAGUAGCAAACAACCGUCGGAGCUGCUCUGUCUUUGCCAGAAAGUUCCCUUCCAGGAAAAUUUUGCCAGUCGAGACCUCCAGUCGGCUAACAGGGCAGCGAUGUCGCCAUGUGUCCUGUUGUCCUUCACACCGGCAUGCCUCCUCCCAUUCACGACGUCAUUGGUUGGCGGGAGAAUUCGCUCAUAUGACGCCCGCUUCGGCCUUAUAUAUUCACGUGUAGAUUUGGUCUGGAUUUCAUACCGACGACAUUGUGACAGUUAACAGUGACUGCGCAACUGCCCUUGACAAUGAGACUGUGUUGUUUCACCAAUUAGAACGCAUUCAUUUGAAUCGAGGCGCUAGAGGGCAUUACCGGCCCCUCUGUACGGGACGAAUUAGGGAGGCGCUGCAUAGUCCGCAUGUCUAUUCGCUUAUCGUCUAUACUUAUAAAUUACGUAGACCUCGAAAUUAUGUCUUCAUAGCCUUGGCAACAUCUGUUACAUCGUUUACAUUAUUGAUGGAACUUUUCCUCCUCCUGCCCGUUGUCUUUCUUCUCACUCUUUUUUUCUCCUAUUCUUCGUCAUCGUCAUCGUCGUCUUCUUCUCCUUCUUCUUCUUCUUUUUCUUCUCCUUACACCCCUUCUCUACGUUUCUUCCAUUCUCCUCUCUCUCUCACUCUCCUCCGUCCUCCCUCUCCUUCCCCUCUUCCUCGCCAGCUAAGAGUUUGAGGCGGAAUCGGUAAAUAUCACGACACCGCUGUCAGGAAAGAUCCAAUUAACUAGCGCAUCAGGCAGGAACAUGGUAACAACGUCAUGAAAUCGCAAGCAACUGGUAAAAGGAAAACGAUUCUGUCAAACUCCUCCAGUAACUCACAAAGUCCGCUUCGGUUACUUUCCACUCCGCCGUUGUUCGGGCAGGCGAAGUCAAUGGGAGGCUAAAAACUAACAAAGAAGAGUAGAGACACCCACCGACCGGGGGUGGAGGGGAGGCGGCGGUGUGGGGAGGGAGCACGUUCGAGACCGUAGGGUGACGUCUCCGAAAAAAACACAGGCUGUUUCAACUGCUGCAUUGAAACUAAAGUAUAUUCGCUGUUCACUCAAGAAAACCAAUUGCCGGACCAAUACCGCUGACUGGACCGGCAGCUAAAAAUAUUUUCAUCCAUCGACAUCGGCUUUAUGCUUCUUCCGGCUGAGCACUUUCGUAGUAUUUUUUUAAAAACGUCUUGCGAAGCAAAAUUCUAGUCUGGUCUGUAAGUAUUGUGUACUUUGGUGCAUCCGCUCAGAGACACUUCACCUAACGCGCUAUCCAUGUUUGAUUAACUAUGCCAAACACCUUUCAAGUUAAACAUACUCAAAGCUUCCUUAUCGUUGUCUAUAUUUUGCAACUAUUCUGGUUACGGUCCCUCUCAAAACGGACAGGAAGUCUUUGGACUAGAUGAGAUUCUUUUAAAAACUCCCUUUCAAAAGUGGCCGUCCACGGAUCCAAAAAAAGACUCAACUCAUUCCGAUGUGUUUUCCUUACUAAACUACCAGCUUUCCGUGGCUCUUUUAAUGGCUGCUCCUAGUACCGCUGUACACACCACCCACGGCAUUCACCUCAUGAUUGAGGGAUGGGACAUGCCUCAAUCGGUCUUCAGGGCUCCUCUUUUUUGUCAGUGAAAGACCGUUUUCCCUUCCAGACUGUAACCCAGGGAGGGGGAGGGCUGUGCAAAGAAUCCAAUGACUUUCAGAGCGUUAGAUGUAGGGCAAACAUCUGUCUUCCCCUUUUCCCUUUGCUUAAGAAAAACGAAACAGAACUUUCGCACGGUUUUGCGUCCUACUCACUGACUUCCUGCUCAUCUUGCAGAACAAAAUGCGCACUUGGAUCCUCGCCAUUCUCGUGGUCCUGGCCCUAGUUGUCUGCCUGGAAGCCAAAAAGGAAGAGGAGUCUCCCAACGCAGUGUACGUCGUUAUUGCCACCCUGCACCUUUUUCUUCUUUUUCUUCCGUCAGCCGCUGCCAGCCAAUUGUCGAGCUCGGUGCUUAAAAGACCUCAAGGUCACGCUGUAGCGGACUUCACCGAUAUGUUCUGAUUACAGCGCGUAGUACGACUUACCGUUUUGCUUUCAAGUCCUAGCUCAAGGCACAACAACUAAUAUAGCCAUCCUCUGACUGGCUCAUGGCCAACUGGGCCCGUCAGCGAGGCAGUCUGUGGCUGGCCUAUAACGAGAAAUAAAUAGGAAAUGACUAUCUCAGUGGUUCUUGCCCUGUUGCUAGGACUCCUAGCAGUGGGAGCUCAGCGAAGACUUUAGGCCCCAAAAUUCAAGGUAGAGCAGAGUGUCUGUGUUCUGUCGUGCAAUCAGCGGGGAUUGGUAAACCUCGCCGAUCACGAGAAGAGUGUGUUCGUGGUGGUUGGAGCAACGGUUGUACAGUUAGCGCCACAAUAAUCAGGCCAGAUCUCGAGUGGCAGGAAAAGACUAAAGUCACCAGUGGCCGCUGGGCGGUCAGGGGUAUAUGCUGACAGUACCAGGUCAUGUCUGAGAGAGACGGAGAGAAAACGAGGAGGAGAGGGAGAGAGUGAGGGAGACAGGGGGGGGGAGAAAGAUAGAGGGAGGGGGGGAGCGCGAGAAGAAAAGAGGGGGAGACGGAGAGGGAGGAGAGAGGGAACGGGAGGGAGGGAGAGAGCGAGGAGAAGAGAGGGGUGGGGGGUAGAAGAGGGCGAGACUGUGAUGUCAGCUGGUUUUGUAUGUGUACCGGAAAUAGGUCAAGGCUGUCUGGUGGUUUGGGUUGCACUACUUAAAGGGGUCAUGUGCUAAAGUGGUGCAUGUUGCAUUUAUUGAGAGGUGGCUGCCCGGAUGCUCGUGUGUCAAAGAUGAAAUCACUUAAAUGGUAGUAGGUCAGCCUGUCUGGUUUAAGUUGAAGCUGUUUCGCAGCAGCAGCAGCAGCAUUUGUGAGGGAAGUGAGGGAACUAAACGCCGAAACAAAUACGAUGACCGGUUCAACUAUGCCGCUCAACCAAAAUUCCCAGGGGAUAAGAAUGCACUCAGUAUGUGUUCAAUGCCUGGAGCACGCACUAAGCUUUACGUCUUAUAAAACUAGCUACUCAUGUUCUUUCGAAAAGAAGUACUACACUUUCCCGAACUCUGAGAGAAAGCCAUUUUAGUUUGUUUUACGCGUGACUUUAUUUUAACCUGAUUUUUAUGGAUUCCGUUUACUGAAAGCGGCAGACGAAGCGUUUUCAGAGACCCAGAAAGCUGCAGGUGUUGUUAUUUUAGGGACGGAACGUUUUCGAGCCCUAAAACAUGUUCGCACGAGCUUAUCGUCAACGAUGAAUUAAAGGUCCAACUCCAUGGAUAUAUAACUCCCCGUCCUUGGAACAAAUUUCGGCCACACAGAGCUUUGUAGUUAGUUUUCCGACCACUAGGCAUACUAGCUGCGUCAUUGGUCGAAUGCCACUGAUGUCUGGCCAUCUGGUUCGUUCUAGAUCUGAAGUAUGCACUGUGCAGGGCGGAUAAGUUGUCAUCACGAAAAAUUGAUACCUUAGCCAGUCCGUUUUUCUCUGGUCGUACUUAUCGGUCUCACCAACAUAGUUAACUUAGUUACUGAUAAUUUAGGUCGCACAAAUUACUUCCGACUUCCGGCUGGUGCAUAGCCGCUCUUUUGACUUUGCUAGCCAUUGGAAGACUGCGGAUUUGAUUUAUCACUGACGGUGGACCCGUACGAUUUCCGAGUGUCUGUGUGGGAGAGACGGGUGACUGAAAUAUUGUUCUAAAGUCCCGUCCUCUCGUUGUUAACUUUAAUUACAGACGGUGGCCGAUGUCAUGAAAUGUUAGACGAAGUGGUGAAAUAUCUUUUCGAUUAGGAAGAAUUUAUUUAAGUAGGAUUAAGUAAUUGAUGAUCCUGGGGACUAACCUCAUGGUAUUUCAGACACAAAAAGAUUUUGACUUCCGAAUAGUUUCUUUUUGUCGUACACAAAAACCAUUCCUGGUAAAAAACGACCAUUUAAGCAAUAUGCGUUUUCCAUUGGUUUUCUAUAUCAUUCAACACUUUAGCAUAUUUCUAAUGAGAAAUAUGGAAAUUUAUUUUUCUUGGGUUAAUUCGAUGAAAAAUAUUGUUCUACACAGAUAUUUUACUCAAGCAGGGUGCAUCUUUUACUCCCAAACGUUUUUAAGCAAGAGAUCUUAGAACCGAGAAAUUCCCAUUUAAAUAGCAUUGUGUCAUUCCGCUCACUAAUGCUCCCCGCAAAUUAGUAAACAUAGUCCACAUUCAUUGCGAAAUUUUGUGAGCCCUAAAUAAUAUCUUUCUAAUCGCAUAGAGGAAUUUGUGAUUUUCUUCACAGGCAGCGUAUGUGGACUUGAAGACCCUAAACGAAAGUGUAACGGGAGGCCGAGCUCAAAACUAAUCGGAAGUUGGAUAGCUUUUUUAAAACCCUAAGAAACCCUCUGUUCAAAUAAAACAUUUGAAUAAGUAUUAUCUAUCAAAAAAGUAAAUGCAAAAAAGAACAUUAUUCACGUUUUCUAUAAAAUAUAGUUGAAUUUACAAGAACAUGAAAAACCAAUAAAAAUACACUUCACCUGCAUAGUCGUUUUUACCGAGUGCAAUUUGUGCAGAGGACCUAAAAGGUGUUAUUGAGAAGCCGACAUCAGGGCGUUGAUCCCAGCCGUACCAAAUGCGUGUAUGAAAUGUCAUGGAAUUAUCUUGCAUGAUAGUCAUUAGUUUAACCCCACUCGCGUAACGCCUUCCAAUAAAAAAAAACAUCUCACAAUUUCAGUCGUUCACUGACUGUUAUUUAACUACGCGUUUAUAGCAAGUGAAGAAGAUUUUGGCUUAACCUCCCUUCCCCCUCCCCACCGACGUUUAGAACUUGCAUGGAGCGUCUUUUUGUUAUUAACUGGGGAACGCUCUCCUUCGGUGUCAACUGGGUCUAAAAAAGUGUAAUUAGGAUUGUGCUUGAAUCAUUCAGCCUUGUCCCAAUGCACAAAUGUAUCAUCAAUGUACAGGAUCGAAGACUUUUCUUUGUAGAAGGGGGAAGACACAUGCUUCGAGCUUUCCCAGCACAGGGUCGGCGGCCUUAUCGGAGAUCAGGAAACUCGUUACAGGACUUUCUCCUGAUCCUUUCGCAUUUGGCUUUCAGAAGUUCACUGACUGUUGUUCUAGUCAAGGAUUUGUGGUUGUAAGUUCGGAGGAAUUCAGUGACGAGCAACCGCGUUUACCUGCACACUGUCAUAGCUUUGGAGUAUAUUUCAGAGUUUAGAGGUAAAACUGAGGAAAUCCUAAGUGUUACCUCUGACAAAAUGAUUACAGCAGUGAGUAGUGAUCAUAGUUCAGCCCACGUCACACGAUGUGGUGAUAAUGCACUCAUUCCUUGACUGGGAGAAAUGUCUCUCCGAAGAGGAAGUUCGACCGUAAGUACGGAAAUUGCUCCGCAUGCAACCAAACGGUCCUUUUACUGGUACCUCACACAUAGCUGGAACGCUCGCAAGGGUUUAAUGAACGCAUUAUAUAAAAAGACUCAAACUUAGGUGGGAUAUCUUCAGUCACUUUUAGCAUGAUCCAGUUUCCCUUAACCUUUCGAUGACGCUUCCACUUUGCAUUUCCUUCCCACCCUUUUGCUUUCAGCGCUGCGGUCGAUACGAAAGAUAUCAAAGUUCCCAAACGAAGGCGUCAUAAGAAGAAACGUGAUUCACUGCGUCGUGGAAACGGCAACGGACACAAGCGUGGUAAGGAAACUCCGUGA